UAGAUCGUAGAGCAUAGAGCGAGUAGCUGGUAGAAUGUAGAGAGUAGAACAUAGAUGGGCUUAGAGGGUAGAUGGUUGAUCGUAGAGCAUAGAUCAAAGAGAAGUACCUGGUAGAACAUAGAGCAUAGAUGGACUUAGAGGGUAGAUGGUAGAUCAUAGAGUGUGGAUUGAAGAGAGUAGCUGGUAGAACAUAGAGAGUAGAAUGCAAAUGGUAGAACAUAUAGCGUAGAGCGUAGAGUGUAGAGGGUAAACUCAAUACAGAAUUGUACAUUAAAAGAAAUUAUUAAAAUACUGUAAACUGUAGUAACACUAAACAUUCUCCAUGCACUUUAAUAUUUGCCACAAUAACUGUAAGCCUCUAUGCCCGUACAUAGAACCGUAGAGCGUAGAUGGUAGAGGGUAAACUCAAUACAGAAUUUCAAAUUGAAAACAAUUAAAACACUGUAUACUGUAAUAACACUUAAAUGACACUUCAAUAUGUAUGAGAUAAAUGCGAGGAACAUGCUACAAGUUGAAAUCAAAUGUUACAAAAUAGGCAGUUAACCAUAGUAACAAUACACAACUACGGUAAAAGCUGUGAAGUAGGAGGUAGUGUAUCUUUCCAACACGUAGGAGGAGACUGGUGACGAAAGCGUAGAGUCGUAAAGCUCUACAAAAAUUUCUACGCCAAAUCAAGCUUCAUAAAUCAGGCGCCAGUUGCAUCAAUCAUCAUUGCGUGGUUCCAGAAAACAUCCAUACCCCACCAAAGAGGAAAUUGGAAAUUCCGGAGGGGUCAAAGAACCAGGAAAUUCCAGAGGGGAGGGUGUUUGGAUGGUUGAUUUAGUUUCGAGGGGACAUUCAAUGCAAUACGGAUUCAAGUAUCAAUCCAGCUGUUCAAAAGUCCUUUCUUACCUACUGAGUUGAUCUUUCACAUGAAAAAAUAGUAGAUUGAAUACUUGAGUUUGAAUCCCAUUAUAUCCAAAAUAAUAUUUGGAAGCUAACAAGUGCAAAGAAUAUGCUGUUGCGUGGACAUGGCCACCAUUACCUGUUGCCAGUCUACAUGAAGUCACUUAAUGGACAGAAAAGCACUGGUGACUAGCCUAGUUUGUUUUUCACUUCGACCUUCCAAGCUGUUGAGUGGCAGUUGAUUUCUUUCGUGGAAAUUAGUUUCAUUAUAAUGGUAAAAAUUACAUCGUGUGGUUCCAGAAAAUAUCAAUACCCCCCACAGAGGGUUUUUUCCGGUUUGACCCCCAUUCCCCAAGAUUUUCUGUUCCAAAGAGCUUCAUGGCACUCUCCCACCCCCCUGUAAUUUGCAUGAUUUUUCUACUUGGGUCCCCCAACCCCUCGGAACUUCAAUAGCCACAUAUAGCAAGAUUAGUCAAUUUUUAGUUUUAAUCUCCUAGGUACUGUUUUAAACAGUAAUAAAAUUUGGCUGCAGCUAUUUAUGGUUCAAGACAGCAUAUUUUUCACAGUUAAAGGGCAUUUGACACCCUUCUGCGCAUUUACAGCAAUUUGAUUUCUUAUCCGACGGAACAGUUUUUAAAGUUGAUAUUUGCGUGAAAAAUCCUUCUUCAUUGACCUUGUGAGGCGUGUGGAAAUUGUAAUACCAAUAUUGAAGAACUGUUUAGUCAUCCAAGAAAGACUUAAACAGCAUAUUUUGUGUUUUGAGUUGAACAUCGUUGAGAAAUAUGAUGUCCUCGAGAGUGGGUUUUCGAGGUAGCUAGAGACAAAAGCUACUUUCGCCCCGUAGCUGUCUUGUUUGCAAAGAAAAAAGAAAAAAGAAAAAAAAAGAGAAUGCAAGUUGAAUGCAAGUUGAAAGAAACUAAAGCGUAUGUGCUUGUAUUCAACGGACACAGCCUUCACACAACAUAAACAUGAUAAAUAUUCCUCCAAAAGCCGACAGAUAAAGAGAUUUUCAAAAAGCACGUGAAACUCCAAGCUCACCUGGGGCAAAUUCAUGGCUCGCAUGUGUUAGUAUUACGAUUUCUUUUCAUUAAAGAAAUUGGUGUCAAUCAAGAAUGCACAUGCGCUUUAUGGUGACAAAGGCCCUUUAACUGAGGCAAACAAUUGGUAAACCUUGAUUUGCCACACAAUGUUUGUUAAUUUAUUGUACAUUACUUUUGGGGAUAUUUACUAAGUCAGGAUCAAAACUGCUGGGUUAUGAAAUAUUACCAGGUGGGAUUUAAUUUUCCUUAAAAUGACCUUGGAAAAUUCUAGACAUAAAAUUAGGCAGACCCGUCCCUUCAUGUCAUGUUGAAAUGUUCGAACUAACUGACAUAAAUAGAAGUACUCAACAUCCAAAUGGCGUAACAGCUGACCUUUUCUUCAUUCAAAGAAGUUUUCAUUGAAGAAUCCAAGAAAGUACUGAAAGUUUAUGUUCUUUCAAAUAAACCAGUCAAAGUUUUAAUUUAUGCACAGCUCCUCAUUGUCCUUGGUUACAUAUAAUUCAAAACAAAUGGCACUGAAUCGACUUUGCUAACUUUAGCAAACUAUGAACUACAUGGAUAACAACGAAAAUAUGUGAUAACCUAGUUAUGGCCAAUCGGAAACGGGAAUAAUUUUGUAUGAGUAGCAAAUUAAAUAUUCAGAGUAAGAAUCCCACCUGAUUGCAUGAAUAAUGCUGGAAAAAGCACCAGCUGUGUUUAAGCUAAAUACAGCACAAUCUUCUAAGUAUAAAAUGUACAACAUAUUGUCAACCUCAUUAUAGAUGUAUUGCUGCACCUCUUCUUUGGUACUUUGCUCCACCAACAUGCUGCUCAGGAGUACUUGCAUCUCUGUUGUUCAAAGUCGGAACAAUAAUGGAAAUAUAUGGCAAAGAAUCUUACAUUUCUUUCAACAGAUGGAACAUUACUGUUGGUUAAAUUAUGUGAAUCAAUUGGGAAAGUACAUUGUAUGAUAUAUAAAAAACUCUUUGUGUACCCCCGUCCCAAUCAAAGAUUUAGCUCUUUCAGACCCCUUGGGAUUUCUGCGACCCUCUGUGGGGUGGGUAUAGAUAUUUUCUGGAACCACACAUUUCAGAAGCUCGAGAAUUUCUUGUUCUCAUUUAUCUCUGUCAAUUUUUAUGCAAUGUUGCUGCAAAAAUUGGCUUUCCCCGUGGGUGUGUGAGCGAUUGUGUAAUGAUCACGAUAAAAGAAAGUAUGGUGUCAGUUUCAUCCACACUCAACUUAUCACUCCUUCAAUGGAAAUUGUACCACAGGACUUAGUCAUAUGGGAAGGUGAUGUGACAAGUUACCAUCUUGCCUAUUUUCUUUUAAAGCACAUUUAAUUAAAUUGCUGUAUGUUUUCUCAGUCUGUAUCUUCAGAUGUCACGAGUGAUCGAGAAUAAACAGCAGUGUUGUGCAAAGUAGAAGGCCUUGUGUUUAGAGUGUUUUCUUUAACUUUAACUCACUUUCUUGCAAAAAGGAAUUUUUCUGGAGGGUAUGGAGGGUGUACAAAAUACUUAAGGAAAUUCUUGAGGGUGGAGGGACUAUUUUUGUGUUUAAAAAAUGGAACUACACAUUCACUAGCUAUAGGAAAUCCACUGGUUUGCUCAUAGAGCACUUUGAUUGAAUAUGAGAGACACUCUGUCUAAUUGUUCUGUGAAUCAAUUGAAGCUGUAUCUGGUAAGAUGUCAUGUAUGGUUCAACAAUGAAGAAGUUUGUAUUUCUCAGGGCGAAAAAUUGAAAUUCCGACUAGCUGUCAGUAUCUGGUCCUUGUCAUUAUCCAGGCGUCUACGAUUUUCAAUAUAUUUGAAAAGCACCAUUAAGGAACCUUGCAAAAUCUCUGAAUUGGACCUGGUAUCGCCAAAAUGCCAGAAACCAAAAUUUAUCAUUACAGGGCAAAUGGAGAGUUUAAAACAUUCAGCAUGUUGUUACAGUAAUAGAAAUGAGCUAUAGCAAGCUACACUUAGAGCACAUGGCAAAUUACAGAUGAAGUUCUUACAGAGGUGUCAUAUUCUACAAAGUGUGACAGAUAACAGCUAAAACCAGACCUAUGACCAGUAAAAAUUUUCAUCCUAUUUGGUCAAAUAGCUCUGUUCUACUUUAAAGUCCUCCUAAUAUCACAGUGCUUCAAAAACAAAUGUGUAGCAUAAAACUUAAAAAAAGGUCAAGAGAUUAACAUCAAAAGAGAAUGGGAAAUGUGCAAAUGUCUCUCUCUUUACAACAGAGUUUGGUGUGCACUGCAUGACACUUAUAAAGGUUCGUGAGAGAUGUGCAUCAUAACUUCAUUAGACCGACAAAUAGAAUUACUCUGUCACCAGAGUGCUGAGCUUCAGAAAUACUGUAUGAAACCAUUGCAGUCUUUCUUUUUGCUCAUCUUCCGACGCCCAAGCUUCUUGCGGCUUCACAUGUCACAUUAGCAUGCUCACAACCGCUCACUUGUGUUGCAUUUGUGAGUGGUCUAUCUUAGCAGUCCAUAUUGCAAAAUUCAGAUCGCUGAGGGAACCAAUCAGAAUUCUCCUUGUGGACCAGUCCAGCCAUACAAUAAACAUGAUUAUUAUACAGAAAUCAUGAUUAUCUCAGAGCUCAAAUUAACGGCCGGUCAACGGACAAUGUCCAGCCAGAAUAGUGACUUGACCAGCCAAAAACUUCAAAUGCCGGUCAUGUUGACCGGUCACAUCAUGUUGAAUUCCAGUGACAGCGUGCCACUUCAUUGAGCUGCUGAGCCCUGUCAAGGCUAUCUUUCGUUAAGUUUUAAGCUCUUCUUUGUAUUAGGCCAAAUUUUAAUCGGUCUACAUGUAGCAACGACUGGAACAAACAAAUUAUAUUUGUGGGUUUAAUUAGGCCCAAGUUAUUUAAUUUUUUUAAAAAUAUUUUGGCCGGUCAGAAAAGAGACGUGACCGAGCUAAAAUUACUUUGGCCGGUCAACAUGACCGGCCACGGUUCGAAAAUUAUUUUAAGCCCUGUUAUUUACUGGACACGUAAAAUUCAUAACAAAUUACAUCUGGGCCCAAAAAUUGCCUUUGACAAUGUACACACCACCCGGGAUGACCUGUUAUAGCAAAUACCCUACCCAAGGGCGGGAAAAGUUUUCUAAAUGCCCAACUAGGGAUUGUGCAUGGGCUUGAAAACAUGGACAACAUCCUGACUCGAAAGUAGGAAACUUUCAGACUGCCAAGACGGUUGACUACACCUAUAAACAAACUCAAAGUCACAACCGCGAUCAAACUUACCAAAAAAAAUCACUAGGAUGACAGCUGCAAUAGCACUGAACACGGAUAAAACUGUCGCCAAUAAAUUUUCAGUGACCAUUGUACAUUGCUAUACGAUUUUUCCGUACUUCACUGCUCUAAGCACAACCUCAUCCCCAGGGCCUUCUCCACUUUUCAAAAUUCACCGCCGCCAUUUUGAAAAUCAUCGAGGAGAAGACGCUGGGGACGAGGUUGUCACCUGAGAAAGAAACAAGAACCAGGCGAGGUAUCCCUUCGAUCCGCCCAAAACCGUGUGAACCUCAAUAGGGGAAACAUGAAAUUUCGUUUUUGUGGCGAUUUGGAUUGCCCAGAUUGGGUACUUGCAGAAAUAAGCACACUUUCAAAAAUAACCUCUGUGAAGAUGAGGCUUCUUUGCGGUCAGGUUAUUAAAGAUUUGCUUGGAGAAAGUAUAGACUAUUCAAAAGUGGAGAAGCUGACAUCUGAUGCAAAGUAUGAAUUAGCAGACGUGAAAGCUUCUGUCGCGGCACUAUCGUUGAUACUCUCUAGUGCUGCCAAGUACAGCGUGGAUGGUGAUGCAUUAUCUAACGAACUUCAGCAACUUGGCUUACCAAAAGAACAUUCCGUUUCAGUGUGUAAAACGUAUGCUGAGAAUUUAAUCAGGUUGCAAGAUUCUUUCUCACAACAAAGUUUGAAGUUGAAACAGCUGGCCGGCCUAGAGUGGAGGGUGGACUUCGUUUUAGGAUCCAGCGAGUUACGUGAAACAACGGAGCCAGAAGUUCUUCUAAGGUUCAAUGAAGUAGAUACCAGUUGCGGCACAAGUCUACCAGUAUCAUUUGUGAUGACUUCAGAGAGAUUGAGCGUGUUUCUUAGUGAACUGAAGCAAGUUCAGGGGGUAAUGGCUGGAUUAAGCUAAGCUUUUACAGCUGUUUUUAGUACACUAGUAUAGCGUUAAUUAAGGUUUUAGUUUGCAGGGCUUGCAUUUUUUUUUUUGUGACAGGGGUCGGAGGCGAGAAACAAAGAAUAGAAAAUGGAAUGCACUGCACACUCAAGGGUAAAAGUGCAUUGUAGAUUGCUAACGAGUUGUACUAGAGGCAAUGAUAGUAAAAUAAUUCAAUUAAUUCUCGCAUUUUCAUUGGUUCUCACCCAUGAUCUAUUAGAGGUCAGAUUAGCAUGCAAGCAGGCUCACGUUGGAGCACAAGCAUGAAAUCGAGUGGUGAAGCCGCGAGAUGAGAAAGUGAGCCUGCUCUGAUCUCUGCAAAUUUUUAUUUCCACUCUGGAAACUGUAGAAAAGAAAUAGAAUGGCAAAGCUGCGAGACGAGAAAGUGAGCCUGCUCUCAUCUCUGCAAAUUUUUUAUUUCCACUCUGGAAACCGCAGAAAAGAAUAAGUCAAUUACAUUUUUACCAGAAGUAUAAACUUUGGCAGCUCAGAUUUCUCGGGGAAAUUGCAAAUCUUUUUCAUAACAACAUGUAGGCGCGAUAUCCGUUGUUGAUAAAGUUUUGCCAAAGAAAAACUGUCAAAGUUUAUGUCUACUAAGGACACACACUUAAUUCCAACUGACCUUGCUUUGGCAAUCUGGUCUUUGACGAUGCUGGUAAAUGGGCAAACGCCUUCAUGUUGUUUUGUUGCCCGCUUGCAAUCACAUAUGUUUGUAAUAUUUAACUCUUCCCAUAUGCAGUCGGCAACACGACAAGUACGUCUUGACUUUCCACUGCUAUUUCCUGCUCCCUCUUUAGUUGAAAUUUAACCAGAAAUAGACUAGAACUUUGCUGAAACAUCAGUAAUACGUGCACUCGACUCUUCCUCUGCCUCCAGAUGUGGACGACUUGUUUUUUUAUUGUGCGGUAAAUUACUGCAAUAAAUUGAAUUGCUUCUCAUCAAACAUAAUAGAUUGACAGUUUUCUCGCCUUUCCUGCUUUUCGACUGAUGGUAUUUCACUUCGCUCAGACA